AUGAGUCAAAGCACCGCCUAUCAUUCCAUGCGCGACAAAAAUGGAGAAAUGUCUGAGUUUCACACUUGGAGUUCCGAGCAACUUGGUUUGUUCUUUCGGAACAAGGGACUGGGAGAAUACAGCGAUCUGUUGCGCAAGCACAAAAUCACGGGACAGCUAGCUCCACUCCUCGAGGACUCGGAUCUGAAGGAAAUUGGAAUCUAUGUGGUGGGAGACCGUCUCAUGUUCAAACGUCACCUUAAAGAAUUAUCUAGAAGGGAUAGAUUCAAUUCGCGGAUGGAAAUUCUGUGGAAUGGAGAGGAACAGGUCUUUUUUUCGAAUGUGGAUCGAUCCUUUUUUACAUGCUGGGGGAUGUGUCCAGUAGAUCCUAGUACCUAUAGUCUUAGAACCAAUCAUUUGCGAGUCAAAAAGGUGCAACCAGUUCGUUGUGGACCCGUCCGACUUUGGUGCUGUGGAACCUAUCAUCACAGCAACAAUAUUGAUUUGUCCAAAGUCGAUGAUGUGGAUGUAUAUGGGAUUCCAGCGCCCUGCGUACAAAGGUCUUGCUGUUGUGCCAGAGGAAAAGACCGUAUUGAUAUAGAAAGUCGCUUUGAAAAUGGUGGCGAAAAGAUUUCCCUGAUUUUGGAACAGGGCAAAGGCGACGAAGUUGCGGCCAUGAUUCUGAAUCAGGUCGAAGAAUCGCAGCAAAUGGAUCGAGGCACCUCGUUUUAG